GCAUUGACUUUGGCACCCUUCAAUCCAAGAUUGCUGUAGCACGUAAUCGUGGUAUUGAUGUUAUUUGUAAUGAGGUUUCGAACCGAACUACACCGUCUUUAGUUUCUUUUGGUCCUAAAAAUAGAUAUUUGGGAGAAGCAGCCAAAACUCAAGAGAUCUCCAAUUUCAAGAAUACAGUUGGAUCUUUAAAACGACUCGUUUGUUACUCAUUUCAAGACAGUGAACUUCAUGAAGUUGAAAAACUGUAUGUUAAUGCAGAAUUGGUAGACGAAAAUGGUCAAGUUGCUGUCAAGGUUCAAUAUCAAGGCGAGCAACGCGUAUUUACUGCUACGCAAUUGGUUGCUAUGUAUUUUACCAAACUUAAGGAUAUCACUUCCGCGGAGCUUAAGAUUCCAAUUUCUGAUGUUGUAAUUUCGGUUCCUGGCUGGUUCACAGAUUCACAACGUCAUAGAAUUCUCGAUGCAGCUGAAGUCGCUGGCUUAAACUGUUUGCGCUUGAUAAAUGAUACGAGUGCGGCAGCUUUAGGUUAUGGCAUUACAAAGACUGACUUGCCCGAGGACAAAGAAAAACCUCGCAAUGUCGUGUUUGUAGACAUUGGUUAUUCCGGUUAUAGCGUGGCAAUUGUUUCCUUUAUCAAGGGACAAUUGACAGUCAAGUCCACUGCUUACGAUAGGCAUCUUGGUGGACGAAACUUUGACCAGGUUUUAAUUGACCAUUUGGCCGAAUUAUUUAAGGAAAAAUAUAAGAUUGACAUAAAAUCAAAUCCGAGAGCACUUUUUCGCCUUCGUACAGCUGUAGAAAAAUUGAAAAAAGUUCUUUCAGCAAAUGCUCAAGCACCAAUUAAUGUAGAGUCAAUAAUGAAUGAUAUUGACGUUAGUGCUAUUCUUUCUCGUGAAGAAUUUGAAAAACUGAGUGAACAUCUUCUCAACCGUAUAGAGGCACCACUUGCACAAGCAUUUCGUGAAUCGGGGCUUUCUUUAGAAGAUAUUCACUCGGUUGAAGUAGUUGGUGGAUCAACACGCAUUCCAGCUGUCAAAGAAAGAAUAUCAAAAUUCUUUGGUCAAGAACUCAAAUAUACUCUUAAUCAAGACGAAGCAGUUGCUCGUGGAAGUGCACUUCAAUGUGCUAUCCUCUCACCGGUAUUCAAAGUUCGCGAAUUUAGUGUCCAAGAUGUUACUCCUUAUCCUAUUAAAAUUACAUGGAACAAAAUACCAGAAAUUCCUGAUGAAGAAUCUGAACUUGUCGUGUUUCAAAAAUCAAACAACGUUCCGUCUACAAAAAUCUUGACAUUUUAUCGAAAAGAACCAUUUGAAAUUGAAGCUCAUUAUUCUGAACCAGAUAAAACUCCGAGUUCUAAUCCUUGGAUUGGCAGAUUUUCCAUUAACCGAGUAACACCUACAGAAAAAGGAGAUUUGACGAAUGAACCACAACCGAUGGAUACUGAUAGUACACCUUCAGAAAAUGCCAAGCCAAGUCCUGUCAAGAAAGUGAAAAAGCUUGUAAAGAAGGCAGAUUUACCGAUCAAUUCUUGUCAUAAUGGAUUAGAAAAAUCGGCUAUCACACAAUAUAGAGAACUAGAAGCGCAAAUGAUUGUAUCUGAUAAACUUGUGGCUGAUACAGAGACACAAAAGAAUGCACUUGAAGAAUACGUUUAUGAUACGCGUAAAUCGGUAUACGUUGAAAAACUUGACCAAUUGAAAACUGUUGGAGGACCUAUCGCUGAACGAUAUCGUGAAGCAGAAGAACGACCCAAAGCCGUACAAUUAUUACAAGAAAGUAUACAAUCAUUUAUUCUUAAUGCAUCUAGUAAUGAAGAAAGAUUUUCACAUAUUCCUGAAGAAGAAAAGAAGAGCAUUGUGGAAAAAGCAACAAAAACAUCGGAUUGGUUAAAUGAAAAAUUGAAAGCGCAGGAAAGUUUGCCAAAAUAUGAAGCGCCAGCGGUUCUAUGUCGAGAAAUUUAUAAGGAGCGAGAGAAUUUAGUACAUUUUGCAUCUCCAAUCUUGUCAAAACCGAAACCAAAACCCGAACCUAAACCUGAAGAACCCAAACCUGAAGAACCCAAACCUGAAGAACCCAAACCUGAAGAACCUAAACCUGAAGAGCCUAAAACUAAAGAGUCUAAAACUGAAGAGCCUAAAACCGAAGAACCCAAUUCUAAAGAGCCCAAUACUGAAGAAACUGUGAUUGAAGAAAUUUCAAUGACGGAGAGUGUUACUAUAGAUGUUCAAAACACAGAUAAACCUAAAAGUGAUAACAAAGAUGAGAGUAGUGGAGACACGAUGGCAGUUGAUUAA